AGCCGCGCUGUCCAGCUCCUGAGACUUUGCUGUCCGCCAGUCCGCCGUCUGCUUGCCUCACGCUCCUCAGCCCUGGACCAGGGACAAGUAACCCUCGGUGACAAGACCAAAGUGCACUGCUGUCCACACAGCUCCUACCUUUCUGGCUUCAAUUCUUCAGAAGAGUUUGUCGUCCUUUGGGGAGAACGUGAUUUUUGUUAUCUCAGCCCUCUGACUUCAUUGAUCUCUAAUCUUUUUUAAUUCCUUGGGCCAACUUUGGUCGUGCCCCACCCUGUAGCCAGGAGCCCUUUGGUGAGCUUUGGGCACCAGCAAACCACCCCUUGGAACGGGUGUUUCCUCUGGCUGAGAGUUUGAGAGGAGGCGUGGUCUCCGCAGGCAGCCUGUAGCCUCACAGCCAGGCCUGGUGGUGAGGUCACCAUGUCCACCAAGGUGCCCAUCUAUCUGAAGCGUGGCAGUCGCAAGGGCAAGAAGGAGAAGCUUCGGGACCUGCUGUCCUCGGACAUGAUCAGCCCGCCGCUGGGGGACUUCCGCCACACCAUUCAUAUUGGCAGUGGUGGCGGCAGCGACAUGUUUGGUGACAUCUCCUUCCUGCAGGGCAAGUUCCACCUCCUGCCAGGGACUGUGGUGGAGGGGCCUGAGGAGGAUGGCACCUUCGACCUCCCCUUCCAGUUUACCCGCACCGCAACUGUGUGUGGGCGGGAGCUCCCGGACGGCCCAUCACCUCUGCUUAAGAACGCCAUCUCCCUCCCGGUUAUUGGUGGACCCCAGGCUCUCACCCUGCCCACAGCCCAGGCUCCACCCAAGCCCCCUCGCCUGCACCUGGAGACCCCUCAGCCUUCCCCACAGGAGGGAGGGAGUGUGGACAUCUGGAGGAUUCCAGAGACUGGCUCCCCCCACAGUGGGUUGACUCCGGAGUCAGGGGCUGAGGAGCCCUUCCUGUCCCAUGCCAGCUCCCUACUGUCCCUGCACGUGGACCUGGGGCCUUCCAUCCUGGACGAUGUCCUGCAGAUCAUGGAUCAGGACCUGGAUAGUAUGCAGAUCCCCACAUAGGAUCCAAGGCUGACUAGGCUGGGGGCCCAGGUGGGGCUGAGCCAG